GUUCAUUCAGAAAACAUUAUGCACGAUUAAUGAUGGCCGCUUCUAUAUGUCUGUUUUCACGUAUUUAACCUAUAAAAAUUAGAAGAUAUGGCUACAAAACGCAAAGUAGAUGUGUUUAUCCCUGCUGAGGAAAGUGACCAGCUCUUAAUUAGACCUCUUGGUGCUGGUCAGGAGGUGGGGAGAUCAUGCAUUAUCCUGGAGUUCAAAGGAAGAAAGAUAAUGCUGGACUGUGGCAUACAUCCAGGUUUAGAGGGAAUGGACGCUCUCCCUUAUAUAGAUUUGAUUGAUCCAGCUGAGAUAGACCUGCUGCUCAUCAGCCAUUUCCACUUGGAUCACUGCGGAGCUCUGCCCUGGUUCCUCCAAAAAACAAGCUUCAAAGGACGGACCUUCAUGACUCAUGCCACUAAGGCUAUUUACCGCUGGUUACUAUCAGACUACGUCAAGGUUAGCAACAUUUCUGCAGAUGACAUGCUGUACACUGAGACUGACCUGGAGGAAAGUAUGGACAAGAUUGAAACCAUCAACUUCCACGAGGUUAAGGAGGUGGCCGGGGUCAAGUUUUGGUGUUACCAUGCUGGUCACGUGCUUGGGGCGGCCAUGUUCAUGAUCGAAAUAGCUGGAGUUAAACUGCUGUACACAGGAGACUUCUCCAGACAAGAGGACAGACAUCUGAUGGCAGCUGAGAUCCCAAGUGUCAAACCUGACAUUUUAAUCAUAGAGUCAACGUACGGCACACACAUCCAUGAAAAGAGGGAGGAGCGUGAGGCUCGCUUCUGCAACACGGUUCAUGACAUCGUAAACAGAGAGGGUCGCUGUUUGAUUCCUGUGUUUGCGUUGGGACGGGCCCAGGAAUUGUUGCUCAUCUUAGAUGAGUACUGGCAGAAUCACCCAGAGCUCCAUGACAUCCCAAUCUACUAUGCUUCAUCCCUGGCCAAGAAGUGCAUGGCUGUGUAUCAGACUUAUGUGAACGCAAUGAACGACAAGAUCCGCAAGGCCAUCAACAUCAACAACCCGUUUGUUUUCAAGCACAUCAGCAAUCUAAAGAGCAUGGACCACUUUGAUGACAUUGGCCCCAGUGUGGUGAUGGCUUCUCCGGGAAUGAUGCAGAGUGGACUCUCCAGGGAGCUGUUUGAGAGCUGGUGCACGGAUAAGAGGAACGGCGUCAUCAUCGCUGGGUACUGUGUGGAGGGAACGCUGGCUAAGCACAUUAUGUCUGAACCGGAGGAGAUCACCACAAUGUCAGGACAGAAACUGCAGCUGAAGAUGUCGGUGGACUACAUCUCCUUCUCUGCCCACACAGACUACCAGCAGACCAGCGAGUUCAUCAGGGCUCUCAAACCCCCGCAUGUGAUCCUGGUUCACGGGGAGCAGAAUGAGAUGGCCCGUCUGAAGGCCGCCCUGAUAAGGGAGUAUGAGGAUAACGACCAGGUUCACAUCGAAGUCCACAACCCUCGCAACACAGAAGCUGUCACUCUGAACUUCAGAGGGGAGAAGCUGGCCAAAGUGAUGGGUUCUCUGGCUGAUGAGAAAUGUGUUCAGGGUCAGAGGGUGUCCGGAAUAUUAGUGAAGAAAAACUUCAACUACCACAUCCUGAAUCCAUCUGAUCUUUCAGCGUACACAGAGCUCGCCAUGAGCACCGUGAAGCAGACUCAGGCCAUCCCCUUCACUGGGCCGUACUCGCUGUUAGUCUGCCAUCUGAGGAACCUCACCGGGGAUGUGGAGGAGCUGGACGGAACUCUGAAAAACACACUGAAGAUCUUUAAGAACAUCACUCUGAUCCACGAGGCUGGCAUGGUGAUGCUGGAAUGGGUAGCUAACCCUCUCAACGACAUGUACGCUGACGCAGUCACCACUGUGGUUUUGGAAGUCCAAUCCAACCCAAAAGCUCAAAAAGUGAUGGAGACCCAGAGCACCAUUAUGGACAUGGAUGUCUUCCAAACUCGAUUAGAAAUCAUGUUGCAAGACAUGUUCGGAGUAGAAAGCGUGGACUUCAGUGACGAUAAAAGCAUUUCUGUGACAGUAGAUGAGAAAACGGUCCUCAUCUGUCUGGAAACGCGGUCGGCGUACUACGAGGACGAGAGCGUAGAGGACGACUCUUUGAGAGAGAUGGUGGAACUGGCAGUGCAGCGGCUCUACGACGCCCUGAACCCAGUGAUGUGAGGACGGAGACGACCAACCACACAGAGCGGUUAAAACUUCAUAAAUGACAUCAAGUAUUAGAGGGACUUUAGUCAAAACAAUAACAUAAGCUAUGUGAAGAGUUGUUUUUAGAUAUUUUUGUGUUUUAUGUUAUUUAAAA